UUACAGUAGGAAAUGUACCUCGCAGUCUCGCCCAGAAUACGCCGGGCCGAUACUCGUAGCCCAUAGUCAUUAAAAAGCAAGCCGAAGCGCGAAGACCGCGCAGAAUAUCGCCGAUUUCAAUCGCCGGCCGGAGACGCUCAAAUCCUCCGGUUAGUUUCCGGAUCUCUAUCAUUUCGCGCUCUUAAACGAGUACUACGAUGGAGGCCGGCCGGAAUCAUCAUGGUUCAGUAUUGGAACGGAGCCUCAAAUGGCGGGAAGAGGAAGAUUAAGAAGUAAAUGCGUCGGAAAACGGAGAAAUUUCACCGCUUCAGUUUAAAAUAUGGAAAUGCGAUGAAGCCUCAUGAUCCGACAAAAUGUAUCCGUUGCAUUCUUUGAAUCACGUCUUGUUGCGUCCUAUUCCUCCCAGCAUUCUUUUUUGUCUUUUUCUUUCUUUUGAUUCUUCUUUUUCUUUUGCAUUACUUUUGGGUUCAUCCCUUUAUGUCUUUAGUUUUACUUUAAAUCCAUCCUAUGAUUGAGCUGGAAUUCCGAGUUUGAUUUGUACUGUUUCACCAUGCAAUUGGAAAUGAAUGAGGUUUUUAACUUUUGAGCUGGGCCACUUUUCUUUAUUAGAUAAUGCUUAUGCUUUAUCAAUUGUAUUAUGCGCUCUAAUGCUCUGGUCAUUAUUGAAAUUCUCUCCGGUUCCGGGUCCCACGGAAGGAACAUGGACGCAAGGUUUGGAGAUUUGUCACUUUAAUCUCUUGGCCUCUACUUUACUUUACGUUUCCUCUUUGAAUGAGAAAAUGUCGCACUUUUUCUGUUUUCUUUUUCCCUGUCGUGCAAGCUAUAGAAUGAUGCCAUGGUGGUAUGUCCAAAUUAGAUGUAACAGUCAUUUGAAUUACGCAUCCAUCAGUAUGCAUCUUCUCCAACAAUCAGAACACAUAUAUGCAUUACUGUUUCUCUAGAAUAUUGUUUCGGGUCCAAGCCUAGCGGUACAGUGUUUUCUGCGGAAGUUUUUGGCAUAUUUGGGUUUAAUGUUAUACCAAAAGGCCAUUAUCCUGUGGUGAACCUAGCUGGUGCACUAGUUCAAAAGUGGAUAAAGAGUACUCCAUUUUGAAGUGCACGAAUGCUUUAUGUAGAAAUAUGAGCCCACCAAAUCCUAUAUUUAAUCUGCUAUCAUCUUUUCAUAUCGACGAUUGCAUGAUAAUCGACUGAUGUGUACGUGGUUAAAAGUCCAUGUUUUCCAUAAAUGGGAGAAUCUGGCAUGAACAUGAGUUAUUGGAGGGAAGGGGGGAAAGAGAUUGAAGGGGUAUAGAUGCAAAAAUAGCUCUGCAGGCAGAAGUUUUUCAUUCAUUAAUUGUGAUGAAAAUGUGUUGGAGAUACAAGCUUGGGUUGCUUCUCAUUCUUAGUGUUGUGGUCAUGUGGGUUUCCUCUGCCGAAGUUACCCAGAGUAUUUUUGCAGAUUAUGAGCAACCAUUUGCAGUAUCUUAUGUUACAACAUCACUUUUGAUAGUUUAUCUUCCAAUAGCUUUGCUUAAGGAUUGGUUACUGACUUUUUUGUAUCGCUGCGAUCCUAAAUGUGGUGAAAAUCCCAAUGCGGUUGACCAAUCCUCCAUAGAGUUGCAGAAAAAUGAGGUGAAUCUUGCUUCUGAAAUAGAACAUCAAGGACAGUUAAGUUGUAAAAACUGUACCAUAGACAUGUAUAAUAAGGAUGAGGGAAAACCAUUGGUCGCUAUACAUAUAGGUAAAGAGAACACACUGAAAAAAGACCGGAAGUUCACUGCAAAGGAAGUUGCUGCUUUUGGCUUUUGCAUUGCUCCUCUCUGGUUUUUAACAGAGUAUUUAACAAAUGCUGCACUUGCACGAACAAGCGUUGCGAGUACCACACUGUUAUCCUCCACUUCAGGGUUAUUCACUCUUUUGAUUGGUGCAUUGCUGGGUGAAGACACAAUAAACAUCGUUAAAGUUGUCUCUGUUGUUGUUAGCAUGGCUGGCGUUGCGAUGACAACACUUGGGAAGACUUCAGCUGCAGAUGAGAAAAAUGGGAAUGGAAAUAAGAAUCAUGCACUUCUGGGGAAUGUCUUUUCAGUCCUCUCGUCAAUGACUUAUGGCCUGUUCACUGUGCUUCUCAAAAAGUUUGCUGGAGGAGGACAGAAUUUAGAUAUGCAAAAGUUAUUUGGCUGUAUUGGACUUUUCACCUUUGUUGCUCUUUGGUGGCUAGUGUGGCCUCUUACUGCAAUGGGCAUUGAACCCAGAUUCAUGUUCCCCCACUCUGCUAAUGUGGAAGAAGUUAUUCUUGUCAAUGCUUUUGUUGGAAGUUUUUUGUCCGACUAUUUCUGGGCAUUGGCUGUUGUUUGGACUUCCCCUCUGGUAGCUGCUCUUGGUGUUUCCCUUACUAUUCCUGUAGCAAUGUUGGAAGAUAUGGUCAUCCAUGGCCGGCAAUAUUCGGCAGUUUAUAUCAUUGGGUCAGCCCAGGUAUUCUCAGGAUUUGUAAUAGCAAAUCUUUCAGAUUGGCUCUCUCAAAAACUGGCAUCCAAGCUCUGAAGAAGAACUUCCCAACUCCAAUCAAUUUCUUUCGGACCUCUAUAAUAAUGUUGGCAUCUCAUUUCAAUUGGUCAAAAGCUUUGGUGAAGAAGAUUAAUUUCCCUGUUAGAUCAAAAGUUGAAGGAUUUACAAUGAAUUGUGUUUAUUUUAACUUGUUUGGCUGAUUUGUAUGAAAGUGAAACAGGCCAGUCUUGUUUUGAUGCAGUUCUUUGGACUUAUUACAGGAGACAAAAUGCUAUUUGGCAACUUUUAGUCAAGCUAAGGAAGCCAUUUCUGACAAGACUUGAAUCAAUGGAAUGGGUUCUCUUCUUUGUCUUUAGCAUA